CUCCAAACCCCGCAAGCUCACCGUGCCUGGAGCUGGAAAAGAAUCCAACGUCAACACUCGGUAAGCUCAUGGGAAUAUCUAUGGACGAUCUUCACGCACCGACUGUGGCCUCGGGCCCAACGACUGGAGGGUAUUCAAAUGGCGUGUCUAAGGACCAGCUGUCGCUGCAGGAGCUCAUGGCGGAGAAGGACCGCGUCGAGGCAGAGCUCAAAGCUCUUGGACAGGUGCUUGAUUCUCACGGCGUCAACAUGAACACGACCCUCACCACGUUCGACGGCUUUCCGCGCGCAGACGUUGAUGUUGCUCAGAUCCGAACAACGCGCGCACGCAUAAUCCGGCUCAAGAACGACUACAAGGACCUCAUGGCGCGCAUCGAGAAGGGGCUGCACGAGCACCAUGCGCGUCUUCAAGAGCAAGCCCAGAACAACACAGCCACCUCUGCAUUCUCGCUCAGCGCGGGCGGUGCUGCACCUGCGGCGGUAGAAGCGCCUUUCGCAAAGGUCAACAGCGUCGUAGCAGGCAGCCCGGCCGAGACAGCAGGCUUGCAGGUAGGCGACAGCAUAACAAAGUUUGGUUGGGUUGACUGGACAAAUCACGACAAGCUGGCACGCCUCGCGCAGGUGGUGUCGCAGAACGAGGGGCUUCCCAUCAUCGUGAAGGCGCUGCGGCCCAGCGCUGCAGGCCCGGCAGAGACAAUCGAGAUGCGCCUCACGCCGCGGAGCAACUGGGGUGGCAGAGGGAUGCUUGGAUGCAACCUGCUGCCGUUGUAGGGCAGCCUCGGUUUGCGGACGUAGAAUUGCAUAGCAUGGAGUUCAAGGAGAAUGGGCAUGAUAUCCCGGCGCAUGCUACUCUAUCCAUUCCAUAGUAAAAUACGUGUCA